UGGAGGAGGAGAGCAGUAUUUCCGUAAACCGUUGUGUUGAAGUGUUUAAAGAAACGUCAAGUGCUUGAAGUAAGAGAGAGGGUGUACACAUUUGUGACAGUAAUGUUGCUUGUGUGAGACCCAGUAAAGAGUACCUCACUGUGGGCAGGAAGCUUGAGGUAGGAAGCCUGUGGAAGGAAGGGUCAUGAUCCUGGAGGAGAGUGCUUCUGGAAGUUAAUAGUGCACUUCAUCCUCCCACACACCACUCUGUAUUGACUUGUGUAUUCCACCUGUACCCAAGAACCGGAUGCUCAAAAGUUCCAGUCACAGUUUGUACCUGAGGGGAAAAAAAUCAAACCAAGGAUGAACAAGAUUUGGAUAUCGACUGCAUUAAGCCCAUCCUGAGAAAAGAAUCCCUCACUCGCGAAGAAAACUGUUUGUCAGGUCAGCAAAGGCAGUUGUUUGACCUGAUAAACUCGACCUCUAUUUCGUGUUCGAGGGGUUAGCCAGAGUGACACCAGGUGUGGCUACAGUGUGAUGCCCCGACGCUGCUGUUGGUGGCACUCUUCCUCACCUUGAACACAGACGGUUAUAGUUCACGUCAGAGUUAACGUGUCUGGACCAUACAUUGUACACAAGUUUUUCAACACCAAAGUAGCUGUCAAUUUUCAGGUGGCCGUGGAGGGUGAGGGCGGCCACCAGCAGCUGUGCCUCGACUCGUCUUCACACACACAUAAGCGGUGAAAUGGUGCUGAGGUAGCAGGAUAUAAGGGUGGUAACUCUUAGUUGUUAUCACCAUCACGGCAGUUCCCUCACACCCCACCAUAACCACAGCCAUGACCUCCAUCCAGCGUGGCCCGGGACUCUACGAGUUUCUCACCGAGGCAGAACUACAACACUACUUCAACAAUUUUAAGAAUACUCUCAAGGUGCAAAAUGUCGGUCAAAUAAAGUUUGUAGCAGAUGAAGACCUACAAGCCAUGGGGAUGUCUCGUCCAGAGAUUCGCCGGCUUAAGAAGUUCUUUCACAAAUAUUGUCCACAGACUUACCUCUCAAAGUUCAAAAAGAUAUUAUUAGCACGUAAAGAUGGCCUAGACUCUCCAGAAGUUGUAGUACCCGACGAUGUUGGAGAACGUCCUAGUGUCCGUGUACCCAGUAAACACAUCAUCCCUGCUGAUGCCAUUGUCAUCAACAAGGAGUUGGGUGUUGGGGAAUUUGGUGUGGUCCAGCAGGGAGUUUGGACCAAUGAGGAAGGAGAAAGAAUACAAGUGGCCAUCAAGUGUCUCAGUAAAGAGAGGAUGCAAACACAGCCUAUGGAGUUCUUAAAGGAAGCAGCCAUCAUGCACACCAUAGACUCGGAGCACAUUGUCAGACUCUACGGUGUUGUGCUUGAUACAAAUGCUCUCAUGCUGGUUACAGAGCUGGCCCCUCUGCGUUCAUUGCUGGAGUGCAUUAAGGAGCCGUCAUUAAGAGUGAGCUUCCCAGUCACCUCCCUCUGCCACUUCUCAAUACAGAUCUGUGAUGGUAUGUCCUACCUUGAGGGCAAGAGACUCAUCCACAGAGAUUUAGCAGCAAGAAAUAUCCUGGUUUUCUCCAAAAACAAAAUUAAAAUCUCAGAUUUUGGGCUAUCAAGAGCCUUAGGUGUGGGGAAAGAUUACUACCAAACAAAUUUUAAUGUAAAUCUGAAACUUCCAAUAGCAUGGUGUGCUCCUGAGUGUAUUAAUUACCUGAAAUUUACUUCAGCUUCUGAUGUGUGGGCAUUUGGUGUAACACUUUGGGAAAUGUUCAGUUAUGGUUUUCAACCAUGGGCUGCACUUACUGGUCAGCAAAUUUUGGAAGCCAUCGAUGAGCCUAAUUUUCAGCGGUUAGAGCAGCCAGAGGCUUGUCCAAAAGAGUAUUACACUAUAAUGCUCAAAUGUUGGCAACAUGAUCCAGCAAAGAGGCCAAAGUUUGUUGACCUUAUGAAUAUUCUGCCAGAUUGUAAACCAGAACAAGUUCAAGUAGUACGAGACUGUGAGGACCCGCCUGCCACGCCAGGAGGAAAGAGAGAUAAGCUUCAGUAUUGUGUAGGAGAUGUCAUUACAGUCUUAGAUAAGAGACCUAUGCUGGACAACCCUUCAGUAUGGAAAGGAGUCUUAAACACAGGCAAAACUGGACAUUUUAGCCCUGCCAAUACUGUUACUUAUCUGGGCACCAACAUUCCGUCCAACAAAUCAUCUUUCCAAAGAGGAGAUGGCAAAAAUCCAUAUUCUUCGCGACGACGAUUAAGGCCAGAGAUGAUUUCAGGACCUCAGGGAGAUUUUAAACACACUGGACAUGUGGGGCUGGAUGGAGCAUAUUUUGGUGAUGUCUCCUUCCUCGGAGAUAAGGUCCAGGAUGGCAGAUUUGUUCAAAAAAAGCUUGAUAAGUACCAUCAACUUCCCAAGCAAAUAGUAACACCAUACAAGCCAUCAGAUGAUCAUGACCAGUCAACAUCAUUGACUAGAGCCAGUUCAGAUGUGUCAGACCGAGCACCUCUCUUGAAGAAGGUUGGUGAUAAGGGCAAGUCUGGACCAGCAGCAGAACACAACUGGUCAGACACCGCGAGUGAAGAUCAACCGGAUAGUCCAACACGUUCCCGCCAAGCUGAUCAUGAGUAUCAUGAAAUUUCAGAUGAAGAGGAGCCUUUACCAAAGCCAUUCCGAAGCAGUUCUUUUGAUCUCGGUCCAAGUCUGAUGGAUGAGGUAUUCAAGGCGUUAGGUGGCUCAGCCUCAUCUGGCCCAUCUUCACUGGAGCCUCCAGGUUCAUUACCUCCUCUCACCCCUACCCAUCAGUCACAGGCACUACUUGAAGACAAUGAGAACCAUAAUGUCAAAAAUGAAAUAAAAGAAAUGGCAUCAAAGUUCAGUAACAAGGAUGGUUCAAAAAAGAGGCAGGCUAUGGUGAAGCCCAUCUCGGCAGCUGAUCAGCGCACAUUGGACUCAGCGAUAGCAAUGGCCAAUGAACUUGCAUCUAAAAGUAUGCUAGAGCUGGACUGCAACCAUGAGAGCUCAGCAGACUCUGAGGGUGCACCAGACUCUCCCAUCACCCCAUCUUCCCCGACUAAACAUGGUGGAUCACGAUUCUCUUUCAAAUUCUCAUCCAAAGGUAGCCCAAAACCUGAGAGAAGACACUUCAGUGCAGAAGCAGCUUCAAUACCAGAUAUACAAUCAAGCAUAUCAGAGGAGGCCAAAGAAGUGUACAACUCAUUGGUGGAACGGCCAGGACUGGAUUAUGAGCCUCUGCCUUACCGCAGUGAACCUGAGCCACCUGUAAGUGAGCCAGAACCUGCAGAACACAACCCACUGCGAAUGUUGCGUGCUGGUGUCACUGUUAGACCCAAGAUAAGGGGAAAUAAACACAACGUUAGCUCAGGCUUCAGCACAAUUGAAAGAAGUCAUGGUAUGAGAGCUGGGGUUAGGGAGGGACUGACCACAACACUCAACAAUAACACUGUAGACCUGACAACCCAUCAGACAUUACCCAAGGGUUUCAAACAUAGUAAGGUUCCACCACCAGUGAAACCCAAACCUUCACCAUUAGUUAUACCUAACUCUGCAUAUAGAGCUACUAACGAAUCUGCUGGGGAAUCCAACACUACGCCAGAUCCUAUUAGCCCUGAUGGAAGUAAUCAAGAUGCUAUAAAUUUACUUCCGCUACCUCCUCGAGACCGCACAAGAGCAGUUGCUUCUCUCACUAAAACCAGACAUCAGCGCAAGCACCCACUAAUCAUCCCGGGGGGAGUAACUAACUCCUUGUUACGUGGUGGAGGUCAUGUCCCAGCCCUAGCAAGUGUGUCCGACAAGUCAGAGCACACCAGCGGCCGUCUCGUCAUUCAACACACGCAUAAUCCUCAACUUGAGUCUCAUAGUACAACAGCAGCUACCACAGCAUCUGGGUCACCUGCUGUUGAUGGAUUUACUAGUGAUGAUGGCACAAUCUCUCCUGGACCAAGACUACCACCAGCUAAGCCUCCCAGAUUAUUCACAAGCCCAAGUGCCCUGGAUGACAGCUUUGAGAGUCAAGUGGCCAGUGAGAUGGAUGCUUUGGAUGACAUACAGGAAGAAGAUCAGUGUGUUUCACCUGUAGGACCUUUACCCCCGCCCUUUCCUAACCCGGAGUCAUUCACUAACUCUUCUGACCAUCACAUAACUACUAAUGGCUUUGGGGAGGGGCCAGGAGGGGGAAGUGGAUCAUUAUAUCAAUCUGGAGAUCAUGUGUCAUGUGAGGACCUCCUGGACUUUGCCAUGGACCGCCCUAACUCCAGACGAACUCAGGGACCAGCACGGGGCACCCAAUCUGAUGAGGUCCACAUCAUGCAAAAAGUUCUGAAAAAUGAGCAUGUGUCCCCCGAAGAAUGUGUUGUGGCACUGAAUGAAUGUGAGUGGGAUGUACACCGUGCCCUUAAGUUAAUACGUCUUCAGCUGUUGCUUCCAGCUCACCGUGUACCAAUAGAAGCAGCUCGGAACACUUUAGCCUCUUUCUCUUGGGAUGUUAGCAAGGCAGCGUCCUACCUUAUGGCUACUCGUGGGAUUAAUGAAGACACUGCACAAGUUUGACGUGUGAAGCUGGAUUCUUACAAAAGUAAUUAUGACUAAAAUAAUCAUCAGGUAAUUAUACCAUACAUAUUGUAGCAUAGCAGUCGCUUUAGUAUAUUUUUUACAACAGUGGAAGAACUUCUUGUUUCUGGAUUUGAGAUGAAGUACCAUAAAAUUUUGAUUUGUACAGUACGUAUAUCUAUCUGCGGCAUGUUUUACAAACGGUAUUAAUCACUGUUUUAGGACAUGUUAAGGAGUAAAUUUUUACAUAAUUUACCUUCAAUAGAUUUUUUGUUCUCUAAUCAUACAGAAGGGAUGGUAAAGUUGUGGAAGUGUGUUCCUACACCCCUUGUAGUAACCCAUGUCUCGAAACGGCCAACCUCUAUGACCUAUAGCAAACCUAUCUACCAAUCACAUUCAUCCUUACAUGACCACUACCCAUUAAAUCAUAAAUAGUGAUACAGUACUACUAUUGCAGUGUUGCCAUUUGGAGACACGGGUUACCACAGGGGGUGUAGGAACACAUUUCCGCAUCUAAACAACAAAAGUUGUUUUACUGUCUUGGUAAACAGCUUCUAUUACUAGAGAGAAGAUUACAGAAACUUUAAAAUUAAUUACUUUUUUUUAUUAUUGAAUCAGAUACAGUAUUUGUCCAUAGGGUUUGUUAAUGUAAAAGAAAUACACCAUUUCUUAAAUUAAAGUACAGGAAUAUCCCGGUUAUCACAAGGGGUGCAUUCCUAAAAGUCAUUGCAAAUAUCGGGGCAAUUUUCCCCAUAAGAAUUAAUAUAAAUAGAGGGGAUGCAUUCCCAGCUGGCAACUUUCACUACAUAUUUUUCAAUAUACUGUACUGUACACCCCUCAUUAUCCAAGGCUAUUAGAGACCAGAGUCGUGUGGAUACUGUAAAAUCAGUCACUGUGAGGAGUAAAUAAAAAUUAUACUGUACUAAUAAAUAAAAGAGAAAGAAUACCGCAUUGACAUUUGGCAAUAGUUUCACUACAUGCAGGAGACUGGAGGGCUGGAGCCCUCUGUCUGUGGGCUAACUACCGCAUGUUUAAGAAAUGUUUAAUCCCUUUGUUUUUGACCUUAUGAUUAUCAUUUCUUUUAUUUAUUUAAUUUUUUUGCACAUUCUGUAAGAACAAUUGUGUAUGCAUGUAACAGUAGAAAAUUACGUGCCUCCCCAAAAUUACAAUAAUGCGGCUCACAGCUUUGCUCAGUAGAGUAAGGAUGAAAUCACUGACAUCACACCCCCACCACCUGCUCCCGUCUGCCUUUUCCACAAUCUACAUAUUCUCUUUGUUUUUGACCAUAUGGUAAUAAUUUUGUUCUUUUUUGCAUGUUCUGUAUGAAUAAUUGUGUGAGUAUUUAUACAGAAUAAAAAAAAUAUAUGAAUAUUUACUCAAAAUUACGAUUUGAAAAGUACUGGUAACAAUAGCACAGCUAGGGGGAUGUAGCUCCAGCAACAUUCUAAGUUGGCAACCUGCCAAGUCCACAAACACGUUCAUUUCACACACACCUAUGCAACACAUUUUUCAAUAUUACUGUACUGUAUUGCAUUGUACUGUACCCUACUGUACUGUAAAGGUACACUCCAUAUAAUUCAGUAAAAUAACUACAAUAACAUAAAAACAAUACAAAAGAACACUGUGCGAUUGUGUGUGCAUGUGUAUACCAUUUGUAAAUAAGUGUAAACAUUUAAACUAGCAUUUACCAUUGCCAUAUGAAGAAUUCUAGAAUGCUCGGUGUAUUUUUUCACACUGGUUUGGAAGUUUAGGUAAAGGCUUGGGGUGAGCAGCUCCAUAUGUGCGGAAAAAAAAACACCUUUUGUGAAGCAGGACUUGCAUUGGAAUGUGAGAGCUGCAGCUUGCCCACCCAGUUUGAAAUAUUACUGUAGAAUACCGUAAUUUUUAAUUUGCGAAUAAGUGGGGUAUGCUUUGUGGAUAGGUGGGGUUGCAAAUAGCGAGGUAUUCCUGUAAUUUAAACACCCCAGAAUCUAUUUUGUUUAUUAACACACUUUAAGAAUGUGCCUCUAGAAUGUUCAUAUUUUGGGGGGAAAUUGCUCAAUUUAGCCACCUUCAGAAUAUUCUAUUAUUCAGUUAUUUCCUCUGGUAGUCCCAUAUUUUGAGUAAUAUAGCUACAGUACAUAUACAUGUAGUUGUGAUACAAAAUAUAAGUACAGUCUUAAUGAAUGCCUCUUAUGGUACCAUAUAGAUUUCCUAUUAGAUAAAGUAAUGAUGAAAAUGUGCACAGCGUAUUUGAUACAAGUUAUUUUUAUGUAAAUUUUUUUCAUAUGUAUCUUGUUUAAACUACUUUCAAUAUAUUCUGUAGAUAUGUGUUUAUAAAUUAUUAGCUAAUAUAACCUGAAUAUUUUGUUUAGUUUUGUGUUCAUAAAGUUAUAGGUAUGUUUAAUAAAAGUAUUUAUCAAAUGGUUAGUUGACUCAUAUUUCUAGCUUAAGGCUACACUUGACAGCUUUGCUUGUUACACAGACUUCAUUAGUAGUCUUAAAAAACUGCUGAUUAUUAUCAACUAACUAUCUGAAGAAAACACAUCUUGUAUUUAUUUGAUAGUCUUCCAUUUAUUGUAUUUUAGAUGUGAAUGAGAAUUGCUGAGAGAUUAUUAUUGAGCUUUAAACUUUUUUUGCCCUCAUUCAUAUAUAUACUUCCAUUGUGCAACUUAACCAUCACAUUUUAUCAUUGCAUAAUAACAUUACACAUUAAUAUAGUUUGUAGCAUUUUGUCCUUUAAAGAUAAUAGAUAUUCAAAAUCAUCAUUGCAUAUUUUCAUACUUUUGUAUUUUUAUAUAAUGAAUAUCUGUCUGUUAGAAACUGUCCAUUUAGAUAGUUCAAAAUUGUAUCAAGACUCCUUCAGUAAAUUUAGAGAUUGAGCAACCUUGUCAAGUAUUGUAAGCCAGUGAAGAAACUGUUAUAUAUGUUUAGCUCACUGCACAGAUUUCAUUGUAUUUCUGAGUAUUUCCUCUAAUUUAAUGUAUUCUCAUAUCAUAUUGCAGUGACUGAGGUAUGGAGUUAUGUAAUUAGAAAGUGCAAUGUUUGUAUGCCUGUAGUUGAAUAUAUAAGUAACCAUAAAUCAUAGUUUUACCAGUAGCAGUGUCACCUACUCCAGUAAAAGAGUAUGUAUGUAUUACAACUUUAUUCCAAAUGUAGUGCCACCUUUAGUGCAGAAAAGUAAUACAAGUAUAAUUAAAGUUAUGAAGUUACACCAAAACAUAUCUAAUUGCUGGUAAAAUGGCACAAGUGUCUGAUUCUAACCAAUAGUGUUUUAGCUCUAUAUAUUAUAUCACUAAAUUAAUUACUGUACUUUUCUGAUUCAGUUGCAAUUGUUUAAAAAUUUUACAUCUGUAAUAAAUGGGAAAAAAAGAUUAAAGCAUUUCUUAAAGGAAAAUACAGUACAGGACAAUUUUACUCUGAACUGAAGGCAGAAUAAAUGUUUAUAAAUAAGUUUAAUUAAAGUAUACUAUGGGUGUUAAGAAUAACAUAAUGCUAGAUGUAUUGUAACAUAUUUUUUGUAUCUUCAUUCUAUGAAGGUAUAAUAUCAAAUUAACUUAACUUUGCUCAUAAAAAAUAUUAAAGAAUGCUAUAGCUGUAGUAGGUUAACAGCCUUAUGAAGUGUAACCUUACCAGGAUUACCAUACCAACAUUUGGUUCUUACCAUGAUCUGGGAUAACGGCCAUAUAUAUCUAAUACUGUACAAUGCUGUCUUAGGUGCUAAUAGAUCCUUGUUAUGGAUCUGACUUUGAACAAAAUCAUUAAAUUGCUCUAAGUCAUGAUUACCUCUACCAGUAUUUCAUCAAAUAGUAAUUUCACAGAUACUGUACAGUAUUAACAGUUAAUAAGAUUUUCAUAUAUACUACAUUAUCAUUACAAUGCAAGUUAAUACAACUUACACAUGCUGUCCCUUCACACAAAAAAAUUACUACUUUUUUGUUUUCCAAAAAAUCAAUUCCCUACAGCCUAUAAUAUUCCUUAAUUAUAUACAUAAACAUUAUAACUAAAGAAAAACUUGUAGCUGCAUACAAUACUGCAAAAGUAGUUUGAGAGGAGGCAUAAAAGAUGAAAGCUCUGAGAAACUUCCUUUCGCUAUUGUCUCGGCAUGAAUGCUCAGUGCACCACGGUAAUCACCAGUCUGUACUGCACUGACAAUUCGAUGAACUCCAGAUAUUGUAACUGGACCAAGCUGAAAAAAUAAAUAAAUAAACAAAAUCUA